CAAGGCACAAGAAAAUGCACAGAAAAAAGAUUUGAAAAUGGAGAGAGUGAGUGAGUGAGUUCAGUGGCAGUCUUCCCUUGACUCCUUUGUCUAUCUUGGAAACAGCACAACUCCAACUCAAUUCCAUUCUCUCUACGCCUUUUCAAUAUUCUUCUUCUCUUCUCUACUCUAGGGUUCCCAUUCCAACACCCACUCAAUUUGAGUGAUGCUAGCUUGAGUAAUCAAAAUGGUGAAUUCAUCUCAGAACAACAACGGAUUAAUGCUGCACUCUGUGGUUUCUGAUGAAGGUGAACAACAACCUCCACUCUCUCGUGCCAAUGAACUCGCCAUUUCCUUUGAAGGCGAAGUUUAUGUUUUCCCUUCCAUAACUCCUGAAAAGGUGCAGGCUGUAUUGUUAUUCUUAGGAGGGCAGGAGACACCGAAUGCCGUCACCACCUCCGACUGUUUGGUGCAGCAAAAAUGUCAGGACGUUUGGGGGAUAAAUGAUCCUUCCCGUAGUUCAAAGCUUUCACGGAGAAUUGAAUCACUUGUUAGGUUCCGUGAAAAACGAAAAGAGAGAUGCUUUGAGAAGAAAGUUCGGUACACUUGCCGUAAAGAGGUUGCUGAGAGGAUGCAGCGGAAGAACGGACAGUUUGCAUCAUUGAAGGAAGAGUACUGUUCUCCUUCUGAAAACCAGGACUCUAGCAACGGUACACCUUGCUCAGAAUCUACGGAGCGUAGAUGCCAACAUUGUGGAAUUGGUGAGAAGUCUACUCCAGUGAUGCGUCGAGGACCAGCUGGUCCAAGAUCUCUAUGCAAUGCCUGCGGGCUCAUGUGGGCAAAUAAGGGAACUCUGAGAGAUCUCAGCAAAGCAGGAGGGAUUGCUCUAGAACAGAAUGAACUGGAUACUUCAACUGAUAUAAAGCCUUUAAAAACAGAGCCAGAAAAUUCAUGUCUUGCACAGGAUAAGGAGGAUACUUCAACUAAUAUAAAGCCUUUAAAAACAGAGCCAGAAAAUUCAUGUCCUGCCCAGGACAAGGAGGAAAGCCCCCAGGAAACAAAGCCUGUGCUAAUGGAUGCCAGACAGCCACAUGAGAUGAUAAAUGAGCAGUAUAUGCUCGAAUCUGCUGAAGCGGUUACUCACAAUCUGUCCAUUCAAGUGGAGGAUCUGCUUGAUCAGGAUAAUACUAUGGAGGAUUUUGCCGAUGCUUCUGGGACUGAAUUUGAGAUUCCUGCAGGUUUUGAUGAUCUGAUUGAUAUCGAGGAUUCUAACAUGAGGACUUACUGGCUAUGAUCUAAAGACAUUGGUGUGCGCGCCCCGAGGCAUGGUUUGUUCAUGAUGGAACCAAAUUUGUGGCGCUGGUUCAACUAACUCUGGACUUUUGGAGAUGGUUUAUGUUUUAUAGACAAACUGUUUCUGGAAGCACUGUGAAGUAGAUUAUCGUAGAGACUUAACAAUCUUCAUACAUGAUAGUUCUUGUACAUAAUGUGAAUAGUUAAUUAUUUUUAUCCCUUCAGUUGUUCCCA